GAGUUGGGAUUUUUCAGAUUUCAUAAAUAAAAAGAAAUGGUUCAGUUAAUUUACGUUGUUGCUAGCUUGCAUGUGCUACUUUGCCCGUUUACUAAAGUCGAGGAAAGUUUCAAUAUUCAAGCAUUUCAUGAUAUUUUGUAUCAUCGGCUUAAUCUAUCAGAGUACGAUCACAAUGAGUUCCCGGGUGUUGUACCGCGCACUUUUAUUGGACCACUAGUAAUUUCUUUAUUAUGUUCACCUGUUGCUUGGAUUUUUAAUUUAUUAGAUAUAAACAAAUUUUGGAUGCAAUAUGUUGUUAGGCUGACACUAGCAUUAACUGUGAUAACAGCAUGGAAUCGACUUCGAAAUGUAUUAAAAAAACAGUUUGGGAGCUCAUUUGCUUGGUGGUUCUCAGUACUCAGUGUGACACAGUACCAUUUUAUGUUUUAUAUGAGCCGUCCAUUACCUAACAUUAUGGCAUUACCACUUGUACUUCUUGCACUUGAAGGAUGGUUACUAGGAAAGUCUAAACAGUUCAUCACAUCAGCAGGUGCUGCUAUUAUUAUAUUUCGAUCGGAGCUUGCUAUGCUAUUUGGUUUAUACCUUAUUCUAGAUCUUUAUUUUAGGAAGAUUGAUAUUGUGACAUUAAUUAAGACUGCAGUACCAGUUGGAAUAUUUCUAGUAUCAUUAACUGUAGUAAUUGAUUCCAUCUUUUGGAAACGACUUGUGUGGCCAGAGGCUGAGGUUUUUUGGUAUAAUACAAUUUUAAAUAAAAGCUCGGAUUGGGGUACAUCACCAUUUCUAUGGUAUUUCUAUUCAGCUUUACCCAGAGGUCUUGGUCCAAGCAUUGUGUUGAUGCCAUUGGGAUUAUAUGUUGAGAGACGUCUUGUACCCAUUGUGGUUCCUGCUUUAGUUUAUAUUUUACUCUUCUCCUUUCUACCCCAUAAGGAGUUGAGGUUCAUAAUAUAUGUGUUUCCAUUACUUAAUUUAUCUUCUGCUGCAGUGUGCUCAUUUAUAUUUAUAAGACGAACUAAGGCACCAAUUUAUGAAUUACUGUUCUGGGGCACAGUCAUCAUUAUAGUAUGUAACAUUAUAUUUUCAUUAGCACUUGCCAUGGUUGCAAUGACAAAUUAUCCAGGAGGAAUAGCUAUUACAAGAUUCCAUAAAUUACUAAAGAAUGAGCCUUAUACUCAUGUUCAUAUUAGUAAUCUGGCGGCACAAACGGGUGUAACUAGAUUCACACAGAUGCAUGAUCACUGGUCAUACAGUAAAAAUGAAUCGCUUGAAAUUGAUCAGUUACAGAAAUUUACUCAUCUUAUUUUUGAGGCAAAAAGUAAAUAUUCGCCAAAUCUUAAAGUUUUUUCGCAAACACACGUGAUCUUAGAUAGUAUAGAAACAUUUUCACAAAUAACAGUAACAUAUAAACUCCUACCUCCUAUCAAAAUAAAGACAAAACCGGCUAUCUUUAUUUUAGAAAGAAAGAAUUUUAGAGACGAUGCUUAUAGUAUAAAUGAGCACAGUGAUUUUACAUAUCCAGAAGACAUUAAGUCAGAUGAGGUGGAUGUAGAAGAAAAAGAAAUAGAUAGCACUAACACCAGCGAGGAAGUACUUAGUGAUGUUCCUGAACAAAUAUUAGUAGAUGUUGAUUACACUACAAGUACAGGUGGGUCAAAGGAAAUGACAAUCAAUAUUGUUGACGAAAGAAUCCCAGAAGAAAAUCCUGUUACUGUAGUUGAUGAUAAUUUAGGUGACGAUGAUAAAGUUAAAAAUGUGUUAACAGAAGAAUCUGAAGAGAGUCUAGUUAAAGCAAUAAAAUCAAAAAAAUCAUUAGAAGAAGUAAAAAUGUAUAAUAGACAAGAAAGAAAGAAAAAAGCUAUAUCGAAAAUAAAAUCAGAAACUCGGAAAGAGGUUGUGGCUAGUGCUAAAGAAAAGUUAAAGGAAAUAAUGAAGCGUCAUAAACAUAUUGCUGAAGACUUUUCCGAAACUAACAUAUCUAAUAAGUUCAAGGAAGUGGAUGAAGUUGAUGGGAGGGGAGACAUACCUGAUAUCGAAUUUGCUCAAGAUAUUCCAGAAAAUAAAGAACAAACCAUUAUAGACACUAAAUCUACAGAAGAAGCUGUAGAAACUGUUCAAGCUAUUAGUAACACAAAUAUUAAUAUAGAUUCUGUAGUUGAAGAAGUAAUAGUUCGUUUAUUGGAUAGAAAAAUUUACGAUGAUAAAACGAAACCAGAAGACUUAAAAGUUGAAGACAGGAUAAUGAUUCAAAAAAUUGUAGAGGAAAUUUUAUCUGAAAAAAUGAAUUACACAAAAUCGGAAAAUAAAUCAUAAUUAAAAUAUAAUAGUGGUAAAUUGGUAUGUUUGUAAUUUUAAUUAAUGAUCUCUAAUCGAGACAUAUUAAAAACUUGUUAUAUAAAUUACAAUAGUGCCAAAACUAAAUUAAAAAGCUGUGAUGAGUUAUAAACAAAUGUAAAUAAUUAUCAAUAUAUUUAAAAUUUUAUUUAUACCAAAAUUAUAUUACAUAAUACAAUCUUUAUAUUUGUUCAUCACAAACAUAUGACUCAUGUAAAACAAAUGGAUUGUAUGAAAUUCUACAAAAUGAAAGGCACUUAAAAAUACUUGGCAAAAUAGGAAAAUAUGGAUAUGAUAAAUGACACCCAAAACUUUAACUUAUUGUAACAAGUAAUAUAAAUAAACAAAUGAUUUCUUUAAACAUUACAUAAUUUUGUUGAGGUUGAUUUAACCUAAAAUGUUCAUACAAAAGGGAUAAAUCAAAUAUCGUUUUUUUUGGUGUGUACUUAUUGUCUUUAUUUUAUUUUUGCAAAACAAAAAGAAAUCAGUUUUUAAAAGUUUUCUUUGACAUUUCUUUACAAAAUUCUUUAAUUUAACAUCACUGGCACUUAUUUGUACUGACAAAAUGUUGUUUAUUUCCUUUGAGUCGUCAAGUAAGCAAUCAAGAUGUAAUUUAAUUAAGCACUGUGUGAAAAUUAAUUAAUCACUUUUUAAUUUUAUUAUUCAGAGAUAAAUGAUUCUAUUUACCGAAAAUAUUUUGUUAAUUGAUUUGUAAGUUUUAUUUUAUUAGAAUAAAAGGAGUUCUAAGAAAA